AUGCCCACUCGAAACUUCCUAUGGAAUGCAGCUAAAAAGUAUUUCACCGCCGGUCUAAUCGGCCUCACGAUUUCCGAUCGAUAUGCAAGCUUCAUGGCGGUUCGCGGCUCAUCAAUGUCUCCCACUCUGAAUCCUCACGCCGGAGCCUCCGCCGGAUUCGCGUUCGAUGACUAUGUAUUGGUUGAGAAAUUGUGCCUUGCCAAAUACAAGUUCGCGCGGGGAGACGUCGUCGUUUUUCGUUCCCCGAUUAAUUAUAAGGAGAAAAAUGUGAAAAGAAUUGCUGCCUUGCCCGGUGACUGGAUCUAUCUCCCGUCACAGGACAAUUUGAGGGUUCCGGAAGGGCAUUGUUGGGUCGUGGGAGAUAAUGCAGAUUCUAGCAUGGACUCAAGGUCAUUUGGUCCGAUUCCUGUUGGCCUGAUAUGCGGACGAGUCACCCAUGUUGUGUGGCCGCCUCAAAGGAUUGGUGGGGUGAAUAGUAAAAUCAGCAUAUUGCCUGAAAUGCAAGUGAAGUGUGCGAUGGGAAGGUUGUUUUUGAUCUAUUUGGAAGGAGACAAGUACUCCUGCAAGCACUGCCAAUCGCAUCUCGCUCUAGCUGAUGAUAUUGUUUCCAAGUCCUUCCACUGCAGGCAUGGGAAGGCUUAUCUCAUUGAUAAAGUUGUGAAUGUUACUACUGGGGCUAAAGAAGAGCGAUUGAUGAUGACUGGAAUGCACACUGUGGUUGAUAUAUUCUGUGUGAGCUGUGGCUCGAUUGUCGGAUGGAAAUAUGUAGCUGCUCAUGAGAAGACCCAAAAAUACAAAGUUGGAAAAUAUAUCUUAGAGAGGUUUAAAGUGUUGGGCCCAGAUGGAAGCAGCUACUCAAUAAGUCAAGAGGGCCAAAUGACUGGAAGUGACACCGAAGAUGGUUUCUGA